CUCAAAAUGGCAAAACCAACAAUGUGCAGAAUCAAGCAGUGUUUCUUUUCCACCACUUCAAACAAAACAAACAAGAUCAUGUCUUUCAACAACAACAAUCUUAUUAAUCAUAGCUUUCCCGGUAGCAUUAUAAGCUGCUAUUCUCUACAAACUCGGACGGUUUGAACUGGUUCACUUUCCAGCCAGGGAGUUACCCUCGCGAACCACCACGGCUCCAACUGUCAACCCGCACAUGUGGGUUGGUUCCGAAGUCGUGGUGGAGGGUAGGGUAGAUGGACCUGAAGACUUGGCUUAUGAUAAGAGGAGGCGUCUUAUAUACGGUUGCGAAGAUGGAUGGAUCAAACGAAUUACUGUGGCUGACUCGGUGGUUGAAAAUUGGGUUCACAGUAGUGGAAGACCACUUGGACUUGCUUUGGAGAAAACCGGUGAACUCAUAGUUGCGGAUGCUCACUUGGGACUAUUGAGAGUGACACAAAAAGAAGGGAAGGAACCGAAGGUUGAAAUUCUGGCAAAUGAACAUGAUGGAUUAAAAUUCAAGUUAACAGAUGGGGUUGAUGUAGGUGAAGAUGGUACAAUUUAUUUCACAGAAGCAACAUACAAAUACAAUUUGUAUGAUUUCUACAACGAUAUCUUGGAAGGUGAGCCUCAUGGUAGAUUCAUGAGCUAUAAUCCAGCAACAAAAAAGGUUACAUUACUUGCCCGUAACCUCUACUUUGCUAAUCGAGUUGCAAUUGCACCUGAUCAAAAAUUUGUCGUCUACUGUGAAACUGCUAUGAGUAGGUGCAGAAAAUAUUACCUACAGGGUCCCAAAAAAGGAAGAAUAGGCGAAUUUAGUCCUGACCUACCAGGCAUGCCAGAUAAUGUUCAUUAUGUUGGAAAAGGACAGUAUUUUAUUGGAACUGCCACUUAG